GAGCACCUGAAGUCAUGUCAGUAUGAGCAGGUGCAAUGCACCAAUACAAGCUGCAUUGCAGUGUUACAAAGGAGGCACUUGCAAGAACACCUGACCAACAUCUGUCCAUACCGCAGGGAACCCUGCCCACACUGCAGGCAGCUGUUCCAGCUCAGCCUCAUUCAGGAUCAUGUGCAGAGCUUGUGUCCAGAUGUGAAGGUAGACUGUCCUGAAGGCUGUUCCCAAAAGGUCCCCAGACACAAGCUGACCAGUCAUAGACAGUUAUGUCCUGAAGUUAACAAUGACUGCUGCUUUAAGAAAUUUGGCUGCUCUGUACAGGGUAAAAGAAGGAAUGCCAAGCUUCAUGAAGACAAAGCUAUCAAUCACCACAUGCUGCUGGUCCUGAGGAGCAAUACCCACCUGGAGAAACAA